GGUGGUGGUCAGACAAGCAGCAGUAAGCUUUUAACUGCUGCUCCUCUACCCUCUUUAAAAAGAGUUGAAUUUGAUCAAAAAAAUUCAGGGAUUUGAUCCUAAAUGUAGAAGUCAUUUGGACUACAGAUUUUGAGUUCUGUUCCCAGUUGAUUUUUUUCCAGUCAUGCCCAGAAAAUCUGGGAAUUCAUUAGUUCUUUGAAUACAAAGCAAGAAGAGUGCUUAAAUGAGUUCCAGAAAGAAAGGCCCUUGCCUUUCUGGCCAGCAGUUUGCUGAAGGAGAUGACAUCAUGAAGCUGCAGCCAAGUGACAGGCGGGUCCAAAAGGCGAGAAGUAGCUCCUCAGGACACAAGUCAAUGGAGCCGAGGAGUCUUCAACCAACUCUUCAAAGAAGACGGCGAGGCCGCUCUAGGAAGAAAAGUCGUUCUGUGGAGAAAGGUUACUCUGAGGAGAAAACCUGUACAGUGGAGAAAAUUCCCUCCACCGAGAAAAACCUUUCUGCUGAGAAGCCUCCUCCCAUCACUGAGAAGCAUCGCACUAGAGUUAAAAGCCCCUCGGCCAAAAAGCUUCUGUUAGCAGAGAAGUAUCCCAAUGCUGAAAAAAGCCUUACUACAGAGAAGAAGAGAUCCUCUGCUGAGAAGUACUCUCCAAAUGAAAAAGGUCAGAUGACCCAGAAAAGUUCUGCUGGGAGGCGCCACUCUGAGACACAUGGCUCUGGAAAGAGUCCUCCCUUUUCUGAGAAAUGCCACCCUACAGAGAAAUGUCAUUCAAGUGUGAAGCGUGGCUCCUCAGUCAAAGAUCAUCCUGCAGAUAGAGGUCGUUCCAGCAAGAAAAGAUGCCCUACAGAAAAACCUCAGAAAGGUCGGUUGACAGGGAGAAGUCCCUAUGCUCCUGCCACAGAGAGAGGGCGCCCUACCAAGAGAUGUCAACCCACAGAGAAAGGCCUUUCUACUAAGAAGGGUCCCUCUAAUGAGAACCGACCCCCUGCAAAGAAAGGCUGCUCAGCCAAGAUACAUAGCUCUGCAGAGAGAGAUCAGCAGAUACAGAAAGGUGGUGCUACCCAUAGAAUUGUCUCUAGAGAGAAAUACUGCCCUUCAAAGAGAGGUCGGCCUGCCAAAAAAAGUGGUCUGGAAGAGAAGGGCCACUCAGAGAAAAGUGCCUGUGCAUCAAGAGGAAGUUCUUCAGGAAAAGAUCUCUCUGCAGGAAGAGUUCACCACAAGAGAAGCAGCCCUGCAGAGGAGGGUGAUUUAGUCAAGUGUAGUAUCUGUGAAUCCAGUGUACCCUCUGCAGGGACAGAUUGCUUUGCAAGAAGUCACUGCAACAAAAGCAAUCCUGGAGAGAAGAGUCGCUCCUUAGAGUGUGGAAUCUUUUCAUCAAGAGUACCCUCUGCAGGGAAAGAUCGCAGUGCAGGAAGAGGGCACACCAAAAAAAUCUGUAAGGCAGAGAAGGGUCGCUCAGUGGAGAAAUGUAGCAGUACAUCAAGAGGAUCCUCCACAGGGAAAAAUCGCUCUGGAGGAAGAGGUGACCCCAAUAAAGGUGUCACUGUAGAGGAGGGUCUGUCAUUCGAGGAUAGUAGCAGUCCAUCAAGAGGACUCUCUUCAGGGAAAGAUCCAUCUGGAAGAAGAGGUUGCCCUAACAAACAAGGCCCUGCAGAGAGGUGUCGUUCUGUUGAAAAUAAUAGAAGUACAUCAAGAGGACCCUCUUCUGGGAAAGCUCGAUCUGGAGGAAGAUGUCGCCCUAACAAACAAGGCCCUGCAGAAAGGGGUCGUUCAGUUGAGGGUAGUAGCAGUCCAUCAAGAGAAACCUCUGUACCUAAAGAUCGAUCUGCAGGAAGAGGUGGCCUCAUCAAACACAGCCCUGGAGAGAGGGUUAGUUUUGUUGAAAGUAGUAGCAGUACAUCAAGAGGACCCUCUUCAGGGAAAGACCAAUCUGUAAGAAGAGGUCGCCCCAACAAACUCUACCCUGUAGAGAGAGGUUGUUCUGUAGAAAGUAGUAGCAGUACAUCAAGAGGAUGCUCUUCGGGAAAAGAUCAAUCUAGAGGAAGAGGUCGCCCCAACAAACAAGGCCCUGCCAAAAGGGUUCGUUCAGUUGAGGGUAGUAGCCGUCCAUCAAGAGAACCCUAUGUUCCUAAAGAUCAAUCUGCAGGAAGAGGUCCCCACAUCAGACACAGCCCUGGAAAGAGGGGUCGUUCUGUUGAAAGUAGUUGUAGCCCAUCAAGAGGAACAUCUACAGGGAAAGAUCGAUCUGGAGGAAGAGGUUGCCCCAACAAACAAGGCCCUACAGACAGGUGUCGUUCAUUUGAGGGUAGUAGCAGUCCACCAAGAAGAACCUCUACAGAGAAAGAACGUCUUGUAAGAAGAUGUCACUCCAACAAAAGUAGCCUAGCAGAGGGAUGGUGUUCAACCAAGAGUGGUAUCUGUACACCAAGAGGACUCUCUGCAGGGAAAGAUUGCCCUUCAGGAGAAGGUCACCAAAACAGAAGUAGCCCUGCAGAGGAGGCUCACUCAGUCGAGGGUAGUAGCAAUCCAUCAAGUGGACCCUCUUUAGCUAAAAAUUGGUUUGCAGGAAGAGGUCGCCCCAACAAACAAGUCCCUGCAGAGAUGGGUCGUUCAGUCAAGAGUAGUAGCAGUACAUCAAGAGGGCCCUCUUUACGGAAAGAUCGAUCUGGAGGAAGAGGUCACCCUAACAAACAAGGCCCUGCAGAGAGGGGUUGUUCUGUGGAAAGUAGUAGCAGUACAUCAAGAGGACGGUCAUCAGGGAAAGAUCAAUCUAGAGGAAGAGGUCACCCCAACAAACAAGGACCUGCCAAGAGGGUUCGUUCAGUUGAGGGUAGUAGCCGUCCAUCAAGAGAACCCUCUGUUCCUAAAGAUAGAUCUGCAGGAAGAGGUCGCCACAUCAGACACAGCCCUGCAGAAAGGGGUCGUUCUGUUGAAAGUAGUAGCAGUCUAUCAAGAGGACCCUCUUCUGGGAAAGAUCGAUCGGGAGGAAGAGGUCGCCCAAACAAACAAGGCCCUGCAGAGAGUGUUCGUUCAGUAGAUGGUAGUAGCAGUCCUUCAAGAGGAACCUCUACAGGGAAAGAACGUCUUGUCAAAAGAUGUCACUCCAACAAAAGUAGCCUUGCAGAGGGAUGGUGUUCAACCGAGAGUGGUAUCUGUAGACCAAGAGGACUGUCUGCAGGGAAAGAUUGCCCUUCAGGAGAAGGUCACCAAAACAAAAGUGGUCCUGCAGUUGAGGGUCAAUCAGUUGAGGGUAGUAGCAGUCCAUCAAGUGGACCCUCUGUAGCUAAAGAUCCAUCUGGAAGAAGUGGUCGCCUCAAGAGACAUAGCCCUGCAGAAAGGGGUCAUUCUUUGGAAAGUAGUAGCAGUACAUCAAGAGGACUCUCCUCACAGACAGAUGGAUCUGGAGGAAGAGGUCGCCCUAACAAACACAGCCCUGCAGAGAGGGGUCGUUCCGUCAAAAGUAGUAGCAGUCUAUCAAGAGGAACCUCUUCAAAGAAAGAUCAAUCUGAUGGAAGAUGUCACGCCCAAAAACACAGCCCUGCAGAGAGGGGUUGUUCAGUCAAACAUAGUAGCACUCUAUCAAGAGAACCCUCUUCAGGGAAAGAUCAAUCUGGAGGAAGAAGUCUCCCCAAAAAACAAGGCCCUGCAGAGAGUGGUCAUUCAGUCAAGGGUAGUACCAGUCCAUCAAGAGGAACCUCUACAGGGAAAGAACGUCUUGUAAGAAGAUGUCGCUCCUACAAAAGUAGCCUUGCAGAGGGAUGGUGUUCAACCAAGUGUGGUAUCUGUACACCAAGAGGACUCUCUGCAGGGAAAAAUUGCCCUUCAGGAGAAAGUCACCCAAAAAAAAGUGGCCCUGCAGAUGAAGGUCAGUCAGUCGAGGGUAGUAGCAGUCCAUCAAGUGGACCCUCUAUAGCUAAAGAUCGACCUGGAAGAAGGGGUUGGCCCAACAGGCACACCCCUGCAGAGAGGGGUCAUUCUUUGGAAAGUAGUAGUGGUACAUCAAGAGGACCCUCUUCAAAGAAAGAUCAACCUGGUGGAAGAUGUCGCCCCAACAAACACAGCCCUGCAGAGAGGGGUCGUUCACUCAAGAGUAGUAGCUGUCUAUCAAGAGAACCCUCUUCAGGGAAAGAUCGAUCUGGGGGAAGAGGUCGCCCCAACAAACAAGGCCCUGCAGAUAGGGGUCAUUUAGUUGAGGGUAGUAGCAAUUCAUCAAGAGAAACCUCUGUACUCAAAGAUCGAUCUGGAGGAAGAGGUCACCUCAGCAGACAUAACUCUGCAGAGAGGGGUCGUUCUGUUGAAGGUAGUAGCAGCCUAUCAAGAGGACCCUCUUCUGGGAAAGAUCAACCUAGAGGAAGAGGUCGCCUUAACAAACAAGGCCAUAAACACAGGUGUCGUUCAGUUGAGGGUAGUAGCAGUCCAUCAAGAGGAACCUCUACAGGGAAAGAAUGUCUUGUAAGAAGAUGUUGCUCCAACAAAGGUAGCCUUGCAGAAGGAUGGAGUUUAACCAAGAGUGGUAUCUGUACACCAAGACGACUCUCUGCAGGGAAAGAUUGCCCUUCAGGAGAAGGUCACCCAAACAUCACUGGCCCUGCAGAUGAGGGUCAGUCAGUCGAGGGUAGUAGCAGUCCAUCAAGUGGACCCUCUGCAGGUAAAGAUCAAUCUGGAGGAAUAGGUCGCCCUAACAAACACAGCCCUGCAGAGGGGGUUCGUUCAGUCAAAAGUAGUAGCAGUCUAUCAACAGAAACCUCUUCAGGGAAAGAUCAAUCUAGAGGAAGAGGUCGCCCCAAAAAACAAGGCCCUGCAGAGAGGAGUCGUUCAGUCGAGGGUAGUAGCAGUCCAUCAAGAAGAACCUCUACAGCCAAAGAUCAAUCUGGAGGAAGAGGUUGCCCUAAGAAAAGCAGUCUUGGAGAGGAGGGUCUUUUGGUCAGCAAUGGUAGCAGUUCAUCAAGAGGACCCUCUGAGUGGAAAGAUCUCCCGACUGGCCAAAGUUGGCCUUUGAAGAAAAACCACCCUGCAGUGCAGGGACGCUCAGCAGAGAAUGUAAUUUGUGCAGACAGAGGGCCCUCUGAAAGGGAAGAGCAACCUGCAGAGAGAGGUUGUCCCCAAAGUAGUCACCUUGAAGAGGAAUUUCAGUUUUUUGGAAGGAAUAAAUCUGCAAAAAGAGGGCCUUCUGCAGGGAAAGAGCACCCCUUUAGCAGAGGUCAGCCUCUGAAGAAAAGCUGCCCUGAAGAGGGAGGCUGCUCAGCAGAAGGGGGUAACCAUGCAGAGAGGGAAGCAUCUGCAGGAGAAGAUUACCCCACAGGCAGAGGUCAGCCUCAGAAGAAAAGCCACCCUGCUAAGACAGGGCACUCAGUUAAGAAGAAACCUUCUGCAUGGAAAGAGCCCCACACUGGGAGAGGUCAGGUUUUAAAGAAAAGCCACCCUGCAGAGAGGCAUCCAUCUGCCUCUAUGAAAAUUUGUCCUCCUAAAAAACAUCGACCUGCAGAGAAAGUUGUCUGUGCAAAGAGAUUUCAUUCUCCAGAAAGAGUUCACUCCAUGGAGAGAAUUCAUCUUGCUAAGAAAAGUUGUCCUGCAGAGACACAGCUCUCUGCUGAGGAAGGUAGCAUGGCAGAGCCUAGUUGCUCCUUUGGGAAAGAUCUUUCAAGAGAAACAGCUAACUCUUCCCAGGAAAGCUGCACAGCUGAAGAAGGGAGUAGGGUAGACAAUAUGCAUUCUGUGGAGAAAGGUCAUGUCUCCAUUGAGAAAGGCUUCCCUGAAGAGAAACUGUCUUCAGGAUUCGUGUCUAAGGCAACAGAGCCAAACAAUAUGCUGAGUCUUCCAGAAAACAAAAUUGGCAGUGAUACCAAUCAAGAAGCCCAGGUCUCUCACCGUAAUGUGCCUGUGACUGUGAAGAUAAAAAUGGGAGUUGAGUUGAGCUUGCCUGGUGAACUGAAGUCUCGUCUUGUUGAGGACUGGGACUUGGUCUUCAAGCAAAAGCAGUUAUUCCAACUUCCUGCUGAGAAGAGUGUAGAUACCAUUCUUGCAGAAUAUGUGACUUUUGUGAAGUCACAAGGGCUUGUUGAUAAUAGAGAAUACUCUGUUGACGAGCUUGUAUUUGGAAUAAGAGUGUAUUUCAACAACAUGCUGGCCACGCAGUUGCUCUACCAGUUUGAAAGGCCCCAGUAUGCUGAAAUUCACCUAGCUUAUCCUGAUAGUCCAAUGUCUCAGGUUUAUGGGGCUCCACACCUCCUGCGAUUGUUUGUGAAUAUUGGGACUGCAUUGGCCCAUUCACCUCUUAACAGGCAGAGUCUUCUCUUAAUGUGUAACUAUAUGCAUGGUUUUCUUGAGUAUCUUGUAGAGAACUCUACUUUGUUUAAUGCCAACAAUUACAGAGUAGCUUCUGCUGAAUAUUGCUGCAAAGCCCUGUGAAGGGUCAGCUGACCACUUAGUCCUGGAUCACUAAAUAUUUGUUUCCUGUUUGCACUGUGUAAUUGAUGUUCUUGAAAAAUAUAUAACAGGGCUUAAUGUUUCCAUUUGAUUAUUUUUGUUGUGAGCAGAAAAUAAUAGUGAUUCUGUACCACCGUGUACCAUCAUUCAACAACAAAUAAAUGUUCACUAA